AUGAAGCGUCCACGAGGACCAUCUGAGAAGGCGAAGCAAGCUAAGAAGGAAAGACUAGGAGAAUCCUCCGGAUCAAGACCUCCAACACCUCUGCCUGGACCUUCUGGUAAGUCCGUUUCUCUUGCUCCUUCUGCACAAACACAUAAUAUUGCUUCUUCUAUCCCUCAACCCACACCUAUCUAUACAAACUCAGACACUCCUCCCUCAACCACCAGAACAUCUCACCAACCAUCCCAGAAAUUUAACCUUGCCACCACAACCUUAGCUAUUUCUGACGCAAAAAUGCUGAAUGAAACCACCUCACCAUCUUCAUCUUCUUCUCCAGAAUCACCCCCCUACUACAACAUUUCCUCAGACGCAGAACACUCUGACCCCUCAUUUCCCACUCUGGCCCAACUCCAAAAUCAAACUAUGGCCUCACAACAGUCAACACAACCCACACCUGAACCAGAAAUUACCUCAUCACCCACAGAACAACCAAACCCAACAACAUCUGACCCUUAA